CAUAAGUCAUCACCCGAAAUAUCAUCCCCUUCGUUCUUUAGGAACGCUGAUCCCAUUCUCCAUUACAUCCUGUGCAGCGUUUCCUCGAAGGGCGCUCUUCCAGUCGGGAAAACGACGUUAAUUCGUUAUCCGUUCCUCAUUGGAACAGAUCUUAGCGCGUGUGUGAGUGGGUUCGAUGUCGUCAGCUAUUGUGGAGGAGCCACCUUUUAGAACACCACCCGUGUGAUCAUCAUCAUCGGCUCCACCGUCAUCUGAGUGGCAGUGAGCUGUGGAGGAUUUCAAGGAGCAGGCAGGGAAAUUUCUGAGAUCCGUUACUUAGUUCUUCCGGAAUAGUCGACCUGUCUCAUUGUUUGGCUUCUACUCUGACCGACGAUCUAGCAUAUCUCGCAAUGUCGAACUCAAGCUAUCGAAACUCGAAAGCUGACAAACAGCUGCAGGAUAAGAUGCAGGCCCUUCUCAGCCAUUUGCUCCGGGAAGAAGAAAAUAAAUACUGUGCCGACUGCGAUGCCAAAGGACCUCGAUGGGCGUCAUGGAACCUGGGAAUUUUCGUUUGCAUAAGGUGUGCCGGCAUUCACAGAAAUCUCGGAGUGCACAUCUCGAGAGUGAAAUCGGUCAAUUUGGAUUCGUGGACCGAUGAGCAAGUGGGCUCGAUGCAGAAAAUGGGGAACAGCAAAGGUCGGGCGGUGUACGAAGCUAAUCUACCCGAUGGGUUCCGGAGACCCCAAAACGAUUCAGCCCUGGAAACUUUCAUCCGUGGAAAAUACGAACACAAAAAAUACAUCGCCAGAGAGUGGGUUCCUCCCACGAAACCUCAUAAGGCCGACUUCAGCGUCCUUGGGGGAAGCGCACCGACGUCGAGAGCUUCCGACAAGAAGAUUGAAUUAAACGCCGUCGCGAGCUCAAUCCCGAGACCCAAUUCAUCAGGAAACAUCAAAGACAUGUCGUCUCCGAGCUCGCCGAGUCAAAAAUCGCCGACGACUGCGUUACCCAGUGACGAUAUAUUCGCGGAUUUCAUAUCUGCGCCUCUGCCAGCUCCUGUCUCUGUGGCUCCGGUCGCCGCAUCGACCGAGGAGAAAGACUUCUUCAACCAGGUUUCGGCUGGCUCAAUAACGAAUCCCAUAUCUCCGCAGCCGAAUAGCGGAGCGGCCUCGCGGAUAGACAAAGAGAGCAUCCUAUCAUUGUAUUCAAAAUCCAUUCCGGGUCAGCCCUCGAUGCAAUCGCUCGGUUCACACGCAGCGAAUCCUCUCGUGAGUGCCGGUAUGGGAAUGCCCAUGAGUCAGCAGGUGGCGAACAAUCCAUUCCUGGCGGGAGGCAUGGUAAACACCCAGUCUUCGUACGGCUUGGGUCUGUCAACUCAACAGGGUUACCGUCCUCUCCCCCACCAGCAACAGCAGGUCGUGCCUCAACAGUUCCAGAGUUCGAUGGGCAACAACCUUCAGAUGGCGAAUUUCGGUGCGCCCUCCAACGGGAUGGCCGCCGGACAACAGUCCAAUGUAGGGGCUGUGAACGCUCAGUUCGCCGGUCUUCGAAUGGGCGACCCCGCUGGGGGUGGCUUUCCGACAGCUCAACUCAAUCCUAACGGGAAUAGUCCCUUGACGUCAAAUCUGUGGCAUUAGAGAUCGUCGAUCCUGAGGAAACCGAAUCGAGAAACAGCUCCCGGGUCGAUCUACGAGAUAUUCUGGGGAUGUUAUGAAUCCGAAUGGGACUUCGACCCGCAGAACCUACCACUUGAGCUCGUUUUUGGUCGGGAAGCAUAUUUUUUCAGCCCCUAAUCUCGAGGGCGACUUUCGCUACGAUUUCGACGCAGCAUGCUAUACGCUGUUGUACAUACAGAGGAAUCACCGGACAAUGUUGGAAGCGAGAAGCGAGUCGAUGUGUAUACAAAUUAUUAUAUUUAUAUACUCUAAUUCACGGGAGUUCCAUCUAUCAACAGUCUCCGAGGGCUCGUUAGAAUGUGAACUCUCUCGCCCAGGGGCGGUCCUCUUUGUCUGCGAUAUUGAUUCGGAUGCGAUCAUGGUCCCUCUCUGCUACAAGUCUUGCCAUCGUCGUUAACCUCGCGGAGUACGGACUGAGGACUAACUGAAUAAAUAACGUCAGCGUUGUUGACUGCUUACGAAAG